UUAGAAUUUUGUAUUUCACAAUUACAUUGUCACACAUUCAUCUAUUAUUUACUGACAUGKUUUUAUUUAUUUAUUUCAUUAUGAACCCUGGUUUUCCACAGUAAAGGAGGGCAACUGGUUCAAAUGAGCAGAGAUGCUGAAGCAGCCCUGAGAUCCUGUCGGUGUGACGAAGCCCCAGCAUCAGCCAACCACAGCCCGCGUCAUUUGCACAAGAGGGACACAGGACGCGGAGCUGCUGGCUCUCCCAGCGCCUCUCUGACGCUCCAAAUAGCCUCUCUCUGCUCCUGCGUUACUUCACACCACCCCCCACUCAGGUCUGCGUUAAUGGUGUGGAAAUGUGAGAGCGCUGCGGAGAUGCCAUGGAGGAAGAGGCUGGUGCGCAAAAGGAGCGUCUCCAUCCCUCUCCUCGCAGGGAAGGAACUGGAUAUGCUGCUCCAAAGGUGUUUUCCCGCUUGGAAGGAAGUUGUGGCAUCCGCAUGAUUCUCUCUUUUUCUUCUUCUUCUUUAAAGCCUCAGUAAAUCCUCAUAGAUGAGAUUUCUCUGCGCCACUUCCAAGGUUCACACAGGACCACCUGGAGCUCAGAUAUGGCAGUGUCAAAUAUGCUGUUCUCUGACGUGGAAAGUUUCCUAGACUCGCAUCCGGAGUUAUUCGAGGACUACCUGAACAGAAAGGGGAACCACAGCAUGGUGGAGAAAUGGCUCAAGAACCACCAAGCGAGCAAAGCAGCGGCGGCGGCAGCAGGUUCGACGGCGGCUGUAGCAGCAGCAGUCGCCAAGCCGAGAGAGGAGAAGAGCCACGCGUGCAGGGACAGCUGGGCGAGCCAAUGCGACGGCCUGCAGCGGAGAGCCUCUCAGAGGGAGCUGCGCAAAACUUUCGCCCGAUCCAAGGCCGUCAACGCGAACAGGACGUACGACGAGCACGUGAACUCCAGGGCGCAGGAACCGCUGAGCAGCAUGCGGAGGAGAGCGCUGCUGAGGAAAGCCAGCUCCUUACCGCCGACCACCGCGCACAUCCUGAGCGCGCUGCUGGAGUCCAGAGUCAACAUCCCCCAGUACCCGUCCACGGCCGUGGAUUUCAAAUAUUACCUCAAAGCGCACAACGAGAGGGAGUUCUUCCUCGAGCUCGUCAAAGACAUCUCCAACGACCUGGACCUGACCAGCCUGAGCUACAAGAUCCUGGUGUUCGUUUGCAUCAUGGUGGACGCAGACCGGUGCUCCUUGUUCCUGGUGGAGGGAACGGGCAACAAGAAGACACUGGUGUCCAAGUUCUUCGACGUGCACGCGGGGACCACGGUGUUACCCUCAAUGAACUCAGAUGAGGUUCAGGUGCCGUGGGGCAAAGGGAUCAUUGGAUAUGUGGCUGAGCAUGGAGAGACAGUGAACAUCCCUGACGCCUAUCAGGACCGCCGCUUCAGUGACGAAAUUGACAAGCUCACAGGUUACAAAACCAAGUCCCUCCUGUGCAUGCCCAUACGCAACAGUGACGGUGAGAUUAUUGGAGUUGCUCAGGCCAUCAACAAGACCUCAAGUGGGGAGCUCUUUACUGAAGAUGAUGAGAAGGUUCUGCAGAUGUACCUGCCCUUCUGUGGUAUUGCAAUCUCCAACGCUCAACUCUUUGCUGCCUCGAGGAAGGAGUAUGACAGGAGUCGGGCGCUCCUGGAGGUCGUCAACGACCUGUUUGAAGAACAGACUGACCUGGAGAAGAUUGUCCGAAAGAUCAUGCACCGUGCCCAAACGCUGCUGAAGUGCGAGCGCUGCUCUGUUCAGCUGCUGGAGGACAUCGAGUCACCAGUGGUCAAGUUCACAAAGUCGUUUGAGCUGCUGUCCCCAAAAUGUAGUGCCGACACAGAAAACAGUUUUAAAGACAGCAUGGAAAAAUCAUCUUAUUCGGACUGGCUCAUCAACAACAGCAUUGCAGAGCUGGUGGCAUCAACAGGACUACCUGUGAACAUUAGUGACGCCUAUCAGGAUCCUCGCUUUGAUGCUGAGGCAGACCAGUUUUCUGACUUCCAUAUCCGCUCUGUGCUCUGCGUUCCUAUAUGGAACAGCAACCAUCAAAUUAUUGGUGUCGCUCAAGUGCUGAACAGGCUUGAUGGGAAACCAUUUGACGAUGCAGACCAACGUCUCUUCGAGGCAUUUGUGAUAUUUUGCGGACUGGGCAUCAACAACACGAUCAUGUACGACCAGGUGAAGAAGUCUUGGGCCAAGCAGUCGGUGGCGCUGGACGUUCUGUCGUACCAUGCCACAUGCUCCAAGACUGAAGUGGACAAAUUCAAGGCUGCUAACAUCCCCCUGGUCUGCGAGCUGGGCAUCGAUAAACUCUCCUUUGAUGAUUUCUCCCUGGACGUGGACGCCAUGAUAACCGCAGCACUAAGAAUGUUCAUAGAGCUAGGAAUGGUGCAAAAAUUUAAAAUCGACUACGAGACACUCUGCAGAUGGCUGCUGACUGUCAGGAAGAACUACAGGCUGGUUCUCUACCACAACUGGAGGCACGCGUUCAACGUCUGCCAGUGCAUGUUUGCUAUGCUAACGACGGCAGGUUUCCAGGAAACACUGACAGAGCUGGAGAUCUUAGCUCUUAUUGUAGGUUGUGUGUGCCACGAUUUGGACCACAGGGGCACCAACAAUGCUUUUCAGGCCAAGACGGGCUCAGCCCUCGCUCUGCUUUAUGGGACCUCUGCUACACUGGAGCACCACCACUUUAACCACGCUGUUAUGAUCCUGCAGAGCGAGGGUCACAACAUCUUCUCCAAUCUGUCGUCCACAGAGUACAGUGACCUCAUGCAGCUGCUGAAACAGUCCAUUCUGGCCACGGACCUCACUCUGUACUUUGAGAAAAGAAGCACUUUCUUUGAACUGGUCAAAAAAGGAGAGUACAACUGGAACGUUAAGGCUCACAGAGACAUGUGCAGAUCCAUGAUGAUGACAGCGUGCGAUCUUGGUGCUGUCACAAAGCCCUGGGAAAUAUCGCGCAAGGUCGCAGAGUUGGUGACGAGCGAGUUUUUCGAGCAAGGGGACAGAGAACGACUGGAGCUGAAGCUCACGCCCUCGGCCAUAUUCGAUCGCAACAGGAAGGACGAGCUUCCGGGGCUUCAGCUGGAGUGGAUUGAUGGGAUCUGCGCGCCGCUGUACGAGACUUUGGCCAAGUUGACUCCUAAACUUCAGCCAAUGGUUGACAUGAUCAGAGCGAACAGGGCCAACUGGGAGGAGCUGAACAAGAAGAGACAAUGUGGCCAGAGUGUUUCUGUCCCCGCGAGUCCAUACAGCGGUGACUCCACAGAACCCAGCAGCUGCACUGUGGCCAAACCCGGCAGCGCUCCCUGCUGCAGCAGUGACGCUCAAAGCAAACUGUCAAAAGCAGCGAGUUAGCUCCUCCUGGUUCACAUCACGAUGUCAGGCCUGUUUUUUCUUCUCCCUAAAUGCAGCCUGCAGCAGAGGCAGUGCAUGMAGAGGUUCGUGGGCUCUGCUCCUCUUCGCUUUAGACUUGAGUGUGGCGCUAUCGUCGAGGUUUUUCCUGCUGCCUUCAGAGUCCAUGUGCUGAAAGCUGACAGAGCUGAGUUUGGCAGGUCUGUCUGAGCAGCUACAAYGCAGCUGGUGACUCCGUGUCAGAAAGGAAACUCAAACCACUGUGUCAACAUGUCAAGAAACACCAACCAGCCUGGGCAUUGCACAGAUUUCAGGCAAAAGACAUGAAAUGUAACAUUUGUCUUUGWUGUAGUUAAUUUUGUUCUGUUCUAUGUUGCUUGCAUUUUGUCCUUGGGUUAAAAAUUUAUUUUAAUUUUAUUUUUGUAAAUCUGUAAAUAGGCAGUUGAGUUUGAAAGUGCUGUUUAUAAACUGUAUGCAUUGCAUYGGAUUAGAAUGUGGUUGUAGAGCUUGUGGAGGAUGAACGGGUGCAGAAACAGCACAUUGUGACACUAGCUUGCAAUGCAAAYUGAAAUUUCCACUCCCUCCCUUCCUGUGCCUUGUUUUGAGAUCCUACUGAAAAAUGCAUGACCUCUCUGCCGAGGUUCCUCUAUAUUACAGAAAUUUGUUAAACCGCACUGUUUCUGCCAUUAAUUUAAAAAAAAACAAAAACAACUGCAGUUAAGUCUCCACCUCUUGCUAACCACAAAGAAUUAAGCUAAUUUACAAAUGAGAAAUAUAUUUUGCCCAGUUUUUAUAAAUGCAGGUCCUCAACACAUACACACAACGUGCCUUGAUAAAAUUCUGAUAUCAUUUCAUUUWAUACAGGACAAAUCUUUAGCUUCAACGGUUUUUUGGCUGUAACAUAAAACGUGUUGUGUCAGACGUUUUAAAGGCUUUGUUUUUCUUUUUGCUUGUGAUUAACGAACCACACURCUCUCAUGAUUAUCUGGUAAAUAUGAGGCCAAAGUGAGUUUGUGAAACUUAAAAUUAAAAGAAUAAAAGAAGACAGCGGUUAGCCUGAUUCUGUAGGCAUCAAAGCCAGCCUGCUGUAAUUAUUUGUUUCUAUUUGUUUGUUUAAUUCGCAACAAAACUCCCAKUCAACCAGUCCAAGUCAAAUUAAUUUCAAUUUACACCUUGAAUCAAUAUAUUCAUACUGUCCAUUUCAAUUAAAUUAUUAAAUUCAAAUAUUACCUUGUGAUCUGUGAGCUCAAAUUAUGUGUUGGGAAUGAUUGUCAGCUGCUACUAUUUUGAAUUUAAUCUCAAUAUCUGUAAAACUGACUAAGAGCCAUCUUUGUUAUCACUACAUUUGAUKAACUGUGACAGUCAUCUUAAGAUGGAUUGACUAAAAGUUAAUCUGUCACAGAUGCACAUUUGUUAUUUCCUUUCUGGGUUUUUCAUUCAAAUCCAUCCAAUGGUUCAGAGAAUAUUUUUGCUUACAGACAGAGAUAAAAACGCGGCAGCAGGCAAUAAAAACACAAUGCUACAACAGUCAGGUUUAGUAGAUUAUAAAAUACAAGUUAGUAAAGAGUUUAUUCAAGGAAACUGAUGGCACAGAAUCAUCAUGUACUGGGCCAUGGGCGCCAGUGGAGAGAAAUGACUCCCAUUUAACAUGAAGAGACUUACAAUUAAAGCAUCUGCCUCAUCUUUUUCAGACUUCUACAAACAGAAUUUAUGAAAUGUUAACAUGUCUCUGCAAAUACUUAAACAACAUACAUGAAUGUGUUUUAUAUGAACCAGUUWAACACAUCAGGGAUGACUAAAUUUAGUGAAACACCUUUGUUUUAAAGCCUGGACUCCAUAAUCUGGAGCCUCUUUCACCACUUAAUAUCUGCUCAGGUAUAGGUACAGGAACAGACCAUGYUUUAGCCGAUGAUGCUGCACUGUCCUGACAAUGUGUUGUUGAUGACUCUGAAUUGAGGUGGAGCUAAGAUCAAAGCUCUUUAUAACACUGACAUAAUUUGCAGAAGUGUGAAAAAUGCUUUUUGGACAGAUUCUCCUGUAUGYACAUUAGAGGUGGAGUUUCUUAUCUUGUUCAUAAACAGUUCUCAUAAAUAAACAGAAUGAACUGAGUCCCAUCAGGAUGUAAUCUGAGCAGCCCUCAGCAUCCAUAGAUAUUUUCACUCGUCUUUGUUAAUACACUCAGUUCAUUACAUAUGGAAUAUAUGAAACUUGUUACUGUUUCUAUAAUUCAAAAUAAUCCUAAUGGACUUUAACACAAUACUCAAAAGCAUUUCUAAACAUGGAUCAGGCUAACCACCUCCCACUGUCUUCAGUCUUUAUAGAUUCUCAUUUCUAUAAACUUUUUUCCUUCAUUUUUCUCAACGCUCACAAUUGCUAAAAAUUCCGAGAGCUUUUCUUUCUGUAGAAGACUGACAUCCUGAAACUUGUAGUACUGAAGUGCCCAUGUWGUAUCAAAGCCUUUACUUUGAUAUGUUCACAGUUAUUAUUUUUAGUUAGGGGUUUGCCUUAUGACUUGUGUUUUAGCUUUGUUACCUGGAGUUACUGUGCACAUUGUGUGGCAUGGAUCUGUAUGCUGUAAUGUAUUUUAAAUUUAAUUUCUUUUUUGUUAGUUUGUUUUUGAAAAAGUUUAUUGAAACCAACCAGAAGUAUUUUUUUUGAAUUGCAUGUUUUAUGCAGUAUGAAAUCCAAUCACUUGCUAAGGAUGUAGCAAGCAAGUGAACCAACAAAUACCUCGUAUUUUAAUCAACGCACACGUUAUCUCAUCAGGCGUGCAUGACUUCAAUUCUCCUGCAUCAUGUUGAGUGAGUUGCGUAUAAAUAUCCUGUUCUAUUUUUCUAUUAGGUCUUAUUGAGAUUUUGAUCAGUUUUACUUAUAGUUUAUCUCCUGUUAAUAACUACAGUAAUUUAUCUGCUUGUAGUUUUUAAAAUAAGUAAUGCAUCUCAUGUAAUUUGACUUAGGAGAUGACAUUUAACAUGUCACAGUGUGCCGUACAAAAAAACUAUUGGAAAAACAUGUUUGGUGAUCCGGAUCAGGGUCCAGUUUCCUCGCCCACUUACUGUGCAAAUAUGUGUCAGGCUGACAUCCGAAUCCUGUGCAGGUUGCUCAGAAAUUACAUAAGAAUGAGGCUUCAGUGUAAAAUGUCAAGAGUUACAGAAGUUAGAUGAGACGCUUGAUGAUCGAAGGGAAGUAUYGGUCUGGUGUUCUCCCAGAUUUGCAAAUCUGUUCGGUGGGUUUUUACAUGUAAUCUUUAAUAAAUUCUGUUAAAUUCUUUAAGGUGUCUCCUACUAAUCUCUCCAAAAUCCCAACGGAUCCGGGUAAGAGCGACUCAGUUCUUGACAGUCUCCACUUGUUGCUAACAUCUACUUGUCUUUUUUUCCACUGAAACAAGCUUUUUGUGUUUCUCCUUUUUCUGUUUUUCUCUGUUUUGACUCUGGAUUUGAUUUGAUAGGCACGCCUGAAAGAAAACCAAGGCAUGAAAUGGUCACGCUUCUGUUUGUGUUCAGAGUUUAAAUUUAAAAAAAUAUAUUCCAUGUGUUCUCUGAUUUUAAAUUAAGAUCAAUUAUUAAGAAUCAUUCUGCCUUCUAACUCCUAGAAUCAUAAAUAAAGUUCAGCUACUUUUUA